GUAAAUCUCCGUUCCCCUUUACCAUUCUAUUUUCGCCGUCCGUAUUCCCGUCUAAAUUUUCCCGGACCAUAAAAUCGAGUCGGCGGACGCCGUAACAACAGAGCCAUCGCGAUGUCUUCGGCGGCAGCGGCGCCGGAGAUGUUUGCGUCGGAAGCAGCAACUCCGAUGAGACAGGGCUAUGCUGUCGAGCUCUACUUCGAUCCGGCCCUCGAGAACCAAGUCCUAAAGGCUUGGAACGUACUAGCCCGACGACAGAUCAGCACUCAGCUCAUUGAGAUUGCCGCUCGCCCACACAUCACCCUCCUCUCCUCCCCCUCAAUCGACCCCGCUCGAUUCCUCACUGCCGUUCGAUCCCUCGCCGCCCGCCUCGAACCACUCCCUGUCUCCCUCUCUUCCGUCGCUUCCUUUCCCGGCGGCGGCAGCGGUGGAGGGGUUCUCUUUUUUGGGCCAACGCCGACCUCGGCUCUGCUCGGGCUCCACACGCAGCUUUGUGAGAUUCUGCGGAAGGAAGGGGUAGAGGCGGCGGAGGAGUUUCGGCCGGAUUCGUGGGUGCCACACUGUCCUGUGGCAAUUGACGUGCCGAGGAACCGGAUGGGAGAGGCUUUCUGCAUACUUAGGGAUCUGAAGCUACCGGUCUCUGGAUACGCGAUGGAUAUCGGGUUAGUGGAGUUCUCGCCAGUGCGGGAGAUAUUUUCGGUGCCUCUUGGGGGCGAUGCAGAGCCUUGAGGUAUGUGGGAAGACGGGAAGUUGGCUAGUUUGAUUUAUUUGAGUUUGGAUUUUUCUGGAUCUGAAUUUGGCAUGCUGGAUUCGGGUAGCAUUGCGGUUCUAAUUUUUUCUUGGACCAUGAGAUUGCUUUGCAUGAAGAACUUCCAAUGGUAAUGAAAGUUGAAACCUAAAAGCGAAACUAGGCUGUGAAAUCAUCUGAACUGAUGUUUGAUAGCAUUGUUUGUAUCUUGUAUUCCAUCACUGUGCCAUUUGUUUAUGCUUGAAGCUUAUGCUGUGUUGUUUCAUAACUCUUGUUCUGGAGGCUGUUUAUA